AUGAACACUGAAACCACUCAGGCCUCAACAGGUCCGAAGCUAGCUCCAAAAACAAUCCGCAAGAUCAUCACAGUCCAAAAGAGGUUGUUACCUUCUGUUAGAAGGAGAGGUCUAGGACUAGAGGUAUUUACUUCUGACUUCACAGGUGAAGAAUCAGAUGAUGAACCAGAGAACGAUUGGCGUACACCUAUUAUUUCCUUCCUAAAGAGGCCUGGCCUCCAGGAAGCCACGGAUUACUUCACCAAAUGGGCAGAAGCUGUGCCAUUAAAAUCUGUGGAUCAACAAGAGGUAAUCAAAGUAAUCGAAGAGAGAAUCAUCCAUAGGUUUGGAUUGCCUGAGCACCUGGUUGCAGAUAGGGGUACGAUAUUCAUGGGGGAACAAGUGGUUAACUUUGCUACACAGCAAAAUAUUAUUAUUUCCAACUCUACUCCUUAUUAUGCACAAGGAAAUGGUCAGGCUGAGUCGACCAACAGGACUUUUGUCAACAUUAUAGAGAAAAUGGUGGAAGAUAAUCCAAGGGCCUGGCACGAAUUGCUUUCUGAGGCCUUGUGGGCCUACAGAACCUCAAAGAAGGAAGCCACCAAUAUAACUCCUUACAUGUUGGUAUAUGGGCAUGAUCCAGUCCUACCAAUGGAUGUAGCAGUAAAGUCAGCAAGAAUAGCAUAUCAAAAUGGCCUCACUCCUGCAGAUUAUACUCAGGCCAUGUUGAUGGAGCUUGAGGACUUGGACGAGGUUAGGCUUGCAGCCCUUGAUCUUAUGUUGGUUCAGAAAAGAAGAGUCGCUAGAUCUUAUGACAAACGAGUAAGAAAGAAGAGCUUUAUUGAAGGGGACUUAGUUUGGAAGGUCAUCUUCCCCCUAGGGGAAAAGAAUCCAAGAUAUGGCAAGUGGUCUCCAAUCUGGGAAGGACCUUACCAGAUUGCUCAAGUCCUUAGAGGUAAUGUCUAUCUUCUUAUGGACUUAAAUGGCGGUCUGUCUAAGCAUUUAACAAAUGGAAAGUACUUAAAGCAUCAUUAUCCUACUAUGUGGGAAAUGAGAGAUGUUGGGUAA